AUGGAAAAAGAUAAGGUUUGUUCUGAUGCUGGAAAAGCUGCAGAUGACGAGUUUGAUCUUACGUUUGGGUUUUCUGCUGGAGGAUGGUUUCAAAUGUACCACUAUGGUGCGGCACAAGCUUUGGUUGAUAGUGGUUUGUUAGAACGGAUGUCGAAUGAUGGUAAACGUGUUCGUUUUUGUGGAGCUAGUGCUGGUGCUUUGGUAUCUGUUUGCUUGGCCUCAAAGAGUUAUCGGUUUAAGGAAAUUCGUGAGAGAGCUGCUAAAUGUGCGGAGCACUAUCGCUCUUCUUGGCUUAAUUUGUUUUGUAUGAAAAAAUAUAUUGUGGAGGCACUGGAUGACUUUGGUUCCCAUUUGAAGAACUUGGAGAUGAAGCCGAAUAUAGAAGAACUUCUUAAUAAUGGAUCUCUUGAAAUUUUUGUUACGACAUUACCUAAUAUGAAGAGAAAAAUUAUUCGUAAUUUUUACAGUUAUGACGAUAUUGCAGAAGCUUUGUUGGCGUCAUGUUGCAUGUCACCUCUUGUAGGUGUUCCUUUUCGUUUGCGUGCUACGGGUGAAUGGGUUUGCGAUGGAGCAUUGGCUACAGUAACCCCUCGUAAGGGAGAAUCGCGUACAAUUACAGUUAGCCCUUUCUAUUUUAGUGCGUCUACUAUUCAUCCAUCUACUUUUGUUCCGGUCUGGUGGGGUUUAUGCCCCCCAGAUGAUGUGGCACACCGCAACCUUUUUGCUCUUGGAUACAACGACAUGAUUGAAGGAUUGGUUGCAAAUUCAUAUAUUGCAGCAGAAGAAGGUGAACCAUUGUUAAUUCCAGAAGUUUGCUUUGAAUUUGAAAGGAAUCUCUUUCUUCGUUUUUUUGGUUUCGUUUGUGAUAUACUGGUUUUGAUUUUUCUUCGUCCGAUUGUUGUUUCUUGCAUUUACAUUGAGCUCGCAGUUAUGUCCUUUAUCUACUUCAUGAAGGGAGUGUUUAAAUUGGAUUACAAACCGUUUAAGAAGCUUUACAAUAAUGUAAGGAACAUUGUUUCACUUCGCACCCUUGGAAGGUUUGUGUUUGGUGAUAAUGUGCCUCAUAAUAGACAGAGACUUGAAAAGAGUUCUAGACUCUACCGUGUUUUUGAACCUAUUGUCCUCGGAAAAAAGAAAAAAACAACGAAGAGGAGUGUUAUAAGUCCAAAUGAUGUGGAAAUAAAGAUGUAUUCAACGUCAUCAGAGUAUACACAGUAG